GGCCGGAGAGGAUGUUACCGCGCAUGCGCAGAGUGGGCGGCCGUUGUCUCAGUCAGGGAGGGGAGGCGGCAGCGGCGGCUCCUCUCAGUUCGGCCAUGAACGGGUUCCGUGUCGGGGCGACCCCCUUGGGCUUCUCCGCGGCGGCUGCCCGGGGCGGCAGCAGCGAGAGCCUGGAGAAGAUCGACAUGUCGCUGGAUGAUAUAAUUAAAUUGAAUAAGAAAGAAGAGAGAAAGCAGUACUCCCCCAAAAUGAACAGAAGGCUUCAACAGAAUGGAACUCGACAGUUCAGGAUGAGGGGGACCAGGUGGGGAAUCCAACAGCAGACAGGUUUCGGUAAGAACCGUUUGGGACGCAGAAGGAGGGUAACAGGGAAGAAGCGACCCUAUGGAGUUAUAACUGGCUUGGCAGCGAGGAAAGUACUAGGUUCACGUGGAGGGAUUAGUCCUCUGAACAGACAACCACUUAGCGAGAAGAACACACAGCGAAACUACCCAGUUUUGAAAAGGAAAAUGACCCUUCAGAGGCCGUUUGAAUUGCAGAGAAAACAAAUGCCAGCUCUCAGGAGGCCUGUCCCAUUAAACAGGAGGAGUAAUAUACCAUCCACUUUUGCCAGAAUUGGAAAUAAACUAAACCAGCAGAAAGACAUGCGUCAAGCAACUUUCCUCUUCAGGAGGGGUCUGAAGGUGCAGGCACAAGUACAGCCAGUAGAAGAAUUUCUGGAUAAUCAGGCAGCAAAGAGAACUCGCCAAUGGCGAACUUCCACCACAAAUGGAGGCAUUCUGACUGUAUCUAUUGACAACCCUGGAGCAAUCCCAUCCCCAGUUUCCCAGAAGGCACGGCUAACUCGUGUUCCUAUGCCUCCAUUUCUAAUGAAGAAGGAGCAACCAGAAGAGAAGAAGAUUCCCAAAGGAGUUACGUUGCAAUUUGAUAUCAACAGUGUUGGAAAACAGACUGGAAUGACUUUGAAUGAGCGCUUUGGGAUCCUCAAGGAACAAAGAACAGCCAUGUCUCAGAACAAAGGAAGCCGUUUCGUAACAGUGGAUUAAAGGCUGUUGAAAGGGCACACAUAAAGACUCCACCGAUCUGAGAAACUGGGAUGAAAGUGGGCAGAAGAGUAUAGCAUACGUCAUUGAAGUUCUCCAGACUUUUUGUUAGGAUGCUGACACAACUAAAUAUCCUUAUUGAUUUUACUUUUAAUAGUAAAAAGACACAAUGACCCAGGCAAAAAUGGGGCAACGGAUCUGCUUGGUAAGUGGUGGUGUGUUCUGAUCUAAACCGAUUUUGUGUAACCCCAGCUGGUGAUUAAGGCAGUAGAUUUAUUUCAGUUUCCCUCACAGCCCAAGUACAAACGGCAGGCAAAAGUUAAUUUAUUUUUGUUAGUGACAUUAAGUAUCUGCUCCACAACCCCUACUAUAGUGAAGUUCGUGUCAAUAUUUCCAUUACAGACCUUUUCAGAGGAGCAGAGACUCUGCCAGACAGCUUCACUCCAAAUUGCAGUUUGGCAUAAAGCCUGAGUUGGAGAGUAUUUCUGUUCAAGACGUAGCUGCCUCUUUUUUUUUUCAUAGGGGUUUUGUUGUAAUUCUUUGUGCUUUUGACAUUCGUGGGUUUUUUUCCUUCCUUGGAGACAAAAUUUUUUGCCGCCUCAUUUGAAAAAGUAAAACUACUGUCAGAAAGGCCAGGUACUUAACAGGCAUGAAGUCUAUACUACUCAUCCUUAAAAAUGGUCCCUCCAAGUCAGGGUUGGGCAGUAUGGGAGAAGCUUGUACUGCAACUGUUCAUGUUGUAUCUGCCUCCUCAGUAAAUGUACCUUUCUCUUGCA